AUACCAGUCUCGACAGUUUGAUGAGUUUGGUGAAACAAACAAGGAACUAAAUCAUUUCGGCAUAGUUUGUUGAGAGAAGAGAACGGGUUUUGGAAUGACUCUUUCACAACUCCUCUGCCCAUAACACCGUUCAGUACAUAUCAUGUGGUUCACAUAAUCAGCAGGAACCGAAGAAAAGGCACAGGACACCACAUUAGUAUGGCAGAGUCUAAAUAUGGCCAAGCAUUUAUGGGGCGCAAAAGUUUUGCUGCAGUUAGUACACCUCCUGUGUCCCCCUUACCAAGACGUUUUGUCUCCGAACCUCAGUGGUUCUCUGGUGAUGGACCGCCGUUGUCUCCGGUGACAGAUGCAAUUCAGAAACUGGAACAAGGUAUAGUGAUCACCCUGAUUUCGGCCAAGCGUCACCCAGAGAACUUGACUCUGUGCCUGCAGCAGGACUUGGCCCAACUGGUCUGUCUUAGAGCACUUGGCUCAAAGCCCCUCAUUACAGUGGACCUGACUCAGAUACAAGAAGUGAUCUCGGAUUCAAGGACCCGACUAGUUAGGUCUUUUGAGGACCUACACAGACAGAGAUUGGACAGAUGUAUUACCAUUCUCUAUGGGAACACUUUCAUCCUACAAAGUAUUACAGUGUGUGCCAGGGAUGAGGGAACAUUUGACAUUGUUGAGGCUGCACUGGCUGCUGCAACCACAGAAAUGAAAAACCAAAGCUACCCUGUCCGAAGACAAAGAUGGCUGCAGCAGGAAUUUAACAAAAUUCAGGCUUCAAGGUUCUCUCUUCCUGCAGCCAGACAAGAAAACAAAAUUUUGUUGAAGCAUGUUCAUAGAUGGUUUCAGCAACAUGGGUUUCAAACCUCACAGCAGUACUUGACUUUAAAACAAAAGAAGCUGAAUUUGCCAGACAAAAUGAUGGUGAGCCAUUUUGCUACACUCGUCACAGAUGUGCUCUUCACAAAUUUGACAGAUCAAAUUCUGAAAAAGCAUGGAGUUCCAUCUCCUGAUGGAAAGAGAUUGCUUCCUUUGACAAAGUUUGAAGAUUUUCUGAAGGAUGAUCAAAAGUUGAACUUGUCUGAGUGUGAGCUCUUUGACCGGGCAGACUUUAUACAGCAGUUCAUCCCAGCUGACCUUAAUGGCUCACAGUCAGAUUUCGUCUUCACAGAAGCUAUGUUGGAAGACUACUUAUUCAGCCCAACAAACAGCAUUGUGAACCCCAAGGAGCAGAAAGUCUAUCAGAAUAUGGACUUUUCCCUGUCAUCCUACUGGAUUGCAUCAUCUCACAAUACCUACCUCACAGGCUUUCAGUGGAAGGGAGACUCUUCUGUGGAAGCGUAUGCUCGAUGCCUCCGCAUGGGCUGCCGUUGUAUAGAAUUGGACUGUUGGGAUGGUCCGGAUGGCAGACCCGUCAUCACGCAUGGCCGGAGUUUAACGUCAGUCAUCAAGUUCUCUGAUGUGUUGCAUACCAUAAAGGAGCAUGCUUGGGUUGCCACAGAGUAUCCCUUGGUCCUGUCCAUUGAAAACCACUGCAGUUUGCCUCAACAAAGGAUCAUGGCUUCACUUUUCAAGGAGGUUUUCCAAGAUGAUUUGUUGACUGAACCUAUUGAUGUGAGUGAGACCAAACUGCCUUCUCCCAACCAACUGUGGAGAAAAAUUAUUAUCAAGAACAAAAAACUUCAGUUAGAUGGCAAACUCCAAGAUCAGAAAGAUGCGGAGUUUUCUGACUUGACUGAUUCAAAGAAACAGGGCACCCUGUUACUGAAAUAUGCUUCAGAAAGAAAAUGGUGUGACUUUAAUGUCAUUCUGACGGACUCCUGCCUGUGUUUCUCCCCGGCUGUGCAAGCUGUUGAAGAGGAGGAAGAGGAUGAAAUGAUUUAUGAAUCCUUUUACGAGGAUAGUGACAGUGAUGAUGAAGAUGCAGAUGAAGAACGGCCCCUGUCCUCUCAGUUGUGGUACCAUGGGGCCUUGAUGCGUAAAGAUGCCCAGAGGGUCCUGAUGGAGCAGCGUUGCCAUGGAGAUGGAACGUUUCUGGUCCGUGACGGCAACCAGGGUUUCACUCUUUCAUUCUUGGCCCAGGAUAAUGUAACUCACAGUGUGAUCAAGUGCAACGGCAGGCGCUAUCUGGUGGGCAAUGAGGUGUGGCACGACAGCAUUCCCGAUUUGGUGGACUACUACAGGGAGCACUACCUCACCUACCCGGGCAAGUCGGUCAGAGUCCGGCUCAAAUACCCUGUCUGCAAAAAGCUUGGCUUUGAAGAAGAGAACUGGUACUACCCAGAGUAUGACAGAACAAGUGCUGAAUGCUUCUUACGAGCAAUCCCGCUGAGCGGAGUCUUCUUGGUGCGACCGAGCUCUUUGGAAAACUGUUUCACUCUCUCAGUGAGAAAUCAACGUAGGAUCACCCACUUUCAGAUUGAGUACUGCAGGAAGAAAUUCAUGCUUGGUGCUUUCCGGUUCCGCAGCAUGUCAGACUUGAUUGAACAUUUCACCAAGUGCCAUCUCUACAAGGGAGCGAAGCUGGUUCAUCCUGCUACAGAAAAACUUGUGGAUACUGAUUCAGAGCAUGAACUGUAUUAUUCCGAAGACUGCUACACUAAUCCACAGAGUGAGAAACAGGAGGUGACAGUUAAAGCUCUGUAUGAUUUCCACGCCACCACAAAAGAUGAGUUGUCCUUCAAGCGAGGGUCAUACAUCACUAACGUCGUCGUUCUGGACCAGCCUUGGUGGCGAGGUAAUCACGCGGGCAAUGUGGACAAACUGUUUCCAGCCAGCUAUGUACAGAUUGUGGAUAACGCGGCUGAUGGCCAGGAGAAAGAGGCACCCAACGAGGCCCUUCUGCAGCUCUCCCUCUGCCAUAUAGAAACCACAAUCAGACAAAAGGACGGUGUCCACUACUUCAUGGUGACCCACCGUGACAUGCCCGGCACCAUCGAGAUGGGAUGUACCUGUAAGGAAGAGACUGAAGCUUGGGUCCAGCAAGUGGAGGCCUCAACUAUGCGCUUGGGAGAAGAGGCUCAGCAGCUACAGAAGCAAGAAAGGUCAAAGAAGAUUGCUCAAGAGCUCUCCGACAUGGUGAUCUAUUGUCAGGCUGUCCCUUAUAACCUAGCAAGGAAGGGUCGCUACUGUGAGAUGUCUUCCUUAAGUGAGGAGAAAAUUGGCAAAGAUGACAAGACAAUCAUUCAGUACAAUCAAUUUCAGAUUAGCAGAGUAUACCCCAAGGCGACUCGAAUUAACUCUGCAAACUUUGAUCCUAUGCCAAAAUGGAAUGUUGGGUGCCAGAUGGUUGCGUUGAACUACCAGACUCCAGAUAGAGGAAUGCAACUGAACCAAGCAAAGUUUCUCCAAAAUGGAAGAUGCGGCUACGUGUUGAAACCAAGCUUCAUGAACAAUACCCACUACAACCCCGGGAACCUGGUGUCCAUGUCUGGCUCAGUUGAGUGCAUCGUGCUGACGAUUCGAGUCCUCGGAGGUCGGAACUUGUCUCUGGGAGAUUUCUCGGGCGGAGUUGUACACCCUUACGUGGCUGUGGAAAUUCUGGGACUGCCACUGGACAAUCAGAGAGAGCGUACGAGUUUACGCAAAGAUGGGAACGCCUUAAAUCCAACCUGGAAGAAUGAGAUGUUUGUCUUUAACAUCUCAUGCCCUGAUUUGGCCUUCCUUCGCUUUGAAGUAGGAAAUGAAGUGAACGCUGGUUCCUACAUCAGUCAAGCCACCUUCCCUCUCAGAUGCAUACAGCAAGGUUACAGAUCUGUGCAAAUGCAAAACAGUUACAGUGAGGAUAUCCCCUUAUCGUUACUACUGGUGCAUGUAGACAGGAAAAAUCCCAAGGAAGAGGAAGAGAAGAGCCUGUUCCGCAUGAUAGAGGAGACACGGCGCCUGUACACAGAGCUCAGUCUGUCUUCCAAUACCGAUAAAGCCCAACUAGGGUUGUUGCAGCAAACAGAGAUGAAACUUCUUGAUCAGCUGGACCGAAGCCGCCUGGAUGGGUAUGAUGAGCUCUAGAACCUGAACUCAUAUAUAUGAUACAGGCUUGAACUGACACUGACCUCAAUGAAUUUUACAUGAUCAGCCCUCUGUUUUUUUUUUUUUAUUUUGAUUCUGUUUUGUUCUGGGAACUGCCACAAUGGCUCACAUCACAUGCCAUGCACAUGCUCAUGUGUAUGUGAACUAGCUUCACAGAGACAGUAGACCAUGACCUAUCAUAGGUUGCACGACAGACAAACAUUGGCUAUCCUUGUUAGUGUCACUUUACAUAUAUAUUCGUAUUUUGGUCCACAGUUAGCACACGUGGGUUCUCGAGUCUCGUUCUUCUGUUUUGUUUUCUUGAAGCUCAUAUAACUAUAACUUGAUGUCUUGCAUUUUUUUCAGGAGUUGCUAGCGAAGAAUUAGAUGACAUAACCCCGGAAAUUCUUUUCAGUUUCAAAUAAGAGUAUUUCAGCUAAUCAGCGGCUUUCAUUCAAAGUCCAAGAAGUAAAAAGAAAAAACAGGGAUUCCGUUGUCUCUCAGAUUUCCCCUGUUUUCAGAUAAACUGUUUUCAGUUCAAGCAGUCCCCAUUAGUAUACAUAGGCUAUAAUGUUCCUAGUGUUAUGCUUUGCUUGUUGAUCAGAAAAUGUUUUCAAAGAGAAAUACUGAAAAUAUCUGAUAAGUGGAAAUUAUAAAUGGGAUGUAAGAGAAGACAUGUGUUUUAUCAUUGGAUGCAUGUUUUAUGUUUUUCUAUUUUUGUUGUUUUAAAAUAAGAAAACUUAAUCACCUUUUAUUGACUGAUUAUAAGUUUUCCCCUCUUUUUUAGUGUCUGAGAGAACAUAGGAUUUGCUUAUUUUAGUGGGAGGAAAAAUGAGUUUCUCAAAAUAUGAAAAGGAAAAAUUUUACAAAAAGUCAGUUUGCCAAAA